GCCUCAGCCGGGGCGGGGCGGGGCGGCCCUCAGGAGCGCCAAGAUGGCGGCCGCGCGGUGGCUCGGGGCUGUCGCGGGGCUGGGCGGCCGGUUCUGUCAUAUGAUGUUAAAAGAUCAUAAUUUGACAACUCAACAGUCUUUCCACCAACUUGUGACAAAGAAACCAUGUCUUCCAUCUGCAGUAUGGCAUAAUGCAGUAAGAUGUAUGUUUAUUCAAACUCAGGACACACCAAAUCCAAAUAGUUUGAAGUUUAUUCCGGGGAAGGAAGUGCUGGAGUCGAGGACUAUGGAGUUUUCCACACCAGCUGCGGCGUUUUGCUCACCUCUGGCAAGACAGUUAUUCAAAAUUGAAGGAGUUAAAAGUAUUUUCUUUGGACCAGACUUCAUCACAAUCACUAAGGAGAGUGAAGACCUGGAUUGGAACUUACUGAAACCAGAUAUUUAUGCAACUAUAAUGGAUUUUUUUGCCUCUGGCUUACCUGUAGUUACUGACGAGGCACCUAGGACAGAUACAGCUGCAUCAGAAGAAGAUGAUGAAGUUGUACUGAUGAUUAAAGAACUGCUGGAUACAAGAAUAAGGCCGACAGUGCAAGAAGAUGGCGGUGAUGUUAUUUAUAAAGGCUUCGAGGAUGGGAUUGUGCAGCUGAAGUUGCAGGGCUCGUGCACCAGCUGUCCCAGUUCCAUCAUCACCCUGAAGAACGGGAUACAGAACAUGCUCCAGUUCUACAUCCCUGAAGUAGAAGGCGUGGAACAGGUUGUUGACGACGAUGAUGAUGUGGAGAAAGAAGCAAAUUCUACUUGAACUAGCAUCAGCUAUGGCUAAAUACAUAUUCACCUCUUAGUGUACGUAAACUAUCUUUGUGACGAGGAGCAACCAAAUUUGCCUUUCUUUUCAGAAAAAUAGUUCCACUUAUAUCUGUGAAAAUGUAUCAUCAGUUUAAGCAGUUUGUCCGCUAAUUUAUUAAAUGCUCUGCAUUCAAAAAAGAAUCCUUUUGCUCUACUUUGUACUCUGUCUUAAGAAAGAAAUGUCAGGCUUUAAAAUCUCUCCAUUGUUCUUUCAUACAAAAAAGCUAAAGACUGAAAAAAAGAGACAAGGCAGAAGUGAAGUUUCUUGACUGUUUUUUGUGCAGUAGAAUUAUUAAAUGUUUAUUCCCCCAAACCUCCUUAUGGGGCUUGCAGGACUAUCUGCCCUUGCUCUAUAAUUGGGAGAUUCAGGAAUGUUAAUUUUAUCCAGUCUUGUUAAAAAGCUUUUGAUUCAUAUCAGGGUUUUGUGUGAAAAAUAACCCAUAACUCCAGCUCUUCAUUUUAGAGAAUGUGGUAUUCUCAUCACUUGUGGAAAGUUACCUACUUGCUCACUGCCACUGUGCAAACAAUAGCAACAAAAAUGAAAAAUGUGAGUUGUUUGUUAUAAAAAUUUUAUCUUUUAAAAUAAAUGUUAGAAGAUGAUGAUCCUUAUCAGCUUUAGUAAAUAGAGAGACUAAUUAGCUUACUUGGAAGUAAAAUUGUUCAGCCACCAUUAGUGGUCUGUUUAAACUUGCAAAAGUGAUUUCUCAACAUAGUGCUCCAACAUCAAGAUGAAUGUGCAGCGCUUAAGGGCACAAAUUACAUUUGUAGGAUAGCAAAGAAAAUUAAUGUGUUUACCUGUGCCGUAUCCUGUUUGUUCCUUCUGCCGUGCCAAAGAGUGCAGCGUAUGCGUAACUUGGCCGCCCUGGCUGAGCGAGGGAAGACGUGGCAGAACGGAACAAGUUCCUGGUUGAGAGACUAUGAGAACAGAAAUAUUUAUUGUCCCGAAAUGAAAUACGUAAAUCAG